GUCAAGUAUCAUUCAAUCACAACAAUCUCCACCGGUACUCUACCGCAAUGGCAGUCUUUGGUAAGAAGAAGUUUCGCUCUUCCGCCGACGCCAAUGGCAUUGCUGCCAAAUAUCGAGCGCAUCUAGCUAAACAUCCUUUCCUCAUGUUCGGCCUGCCCUUCAUCGCCACAAUGGUCGCCGGUUCAUUCUUCCUCACACCUGCGACAGCCGUACGAUACGAGAAACAUGAUAGACGAGUGCAGAGGCUUACAAAGGAAGAGGCACUGGGUAUUGGGAAAGGAGGCCGCAAGGUGGACAUGAAAGAGGAAUACUAUGUUGGUGCUAUUCUACUAUCUGUCGUUCGCAGCCAAGCUAAUAUGCUUUCGUAGCGACUCGCAGCGAAGGACCUGGAUGAUUGGGAACAGAAGCGCGUUAAGAGGUUGCCUGGAGAACACGAUGGUGUACUGUAGUCUGCCGCCCGAACAUCCAGAUGGAUAUGGCUAUCGGGUUUACGGCUCUACGAAUACGACGCGAAGCAGACUGCAAUCAAUGCGGAAUUCAAGUGCAUAACUCCCCUCUGCGAUAGUUAAUCGGGUCACUCAAGCGUGUUCUUAUGGAAGUAGGUGGAAAAGGGCGAGCAAAAUAUUGCUUGCUACUCGGGUGCUACAUCAUCAAGAUGGACAAGUCCA